GUCUUGAACCAGAUGAACUCCUCUUCACUUCAGAUACUGGGAAUGAGGCUACUCCAAUCUCUGUCAAUACCAUUCCGCAAAUCCGCUGCCUGACCAUCUCCCUCAUCAGCCAUGCUCCACCGCAUCUACCUCGUAUGUCACGGCGAGACGGUAGACCAAACCGACGACGAGCAAGAUGCAUACUACCCCACGGAAAACCCUGCCGACGUACCGCUCUCGAAGACGGGCGUCGAACAGGCCAAACAGACAGCGGAUAGACUCGCAAUGGAGAACCUCCCCAUCGACCUCGUGUAUAGCAGUCCCAGCUACCAGUGUCUCGAGACACUACUUCCGAUCGUGACAACUCCCGAUGGCAGGCCGAAAUUCACGGUACGAGUCGAACCUGGCCUACGGGAAUCGCAAGACAUCGACGACGUCUUCCCCCUCUGCAGCGAAGUCUGCGCACUCAAACGCCCCACGGACAUCUCCGACCUGAUCGACCAUUUCAACUACAUCGACACCAAGUACCGCCCUCUCGUCACCCCUCCCCUGAAAGGCUGGCUACUCGAGCCUCCCCGCCGCCUCCUCCUCCGCGCACACUUCACCAUGGACCACCUCAUCCAGACGCUCGACGCCGCCCGCUCUCCACAAGUCAUCCUCAUCUGCACGCACGCCGAAGUCGUCCUGGCAAUCGCCCGCGUCUUGACCUCGCGCAACCUCCCCUGCUGGACCGACUACACCCCCAACUACGAAUCCUUCUUCGGCGAGCUCCGCCGCCGCAUCAAACGCAUCGCCAUGACGGACCUCUGCCAACCAGACCACCACGUCUUCAACUGCAGCAUCACUCGCCUCGACCGCGCCGCCUCCAGCGUCGACUCCUGGGCCUGGACCCUCAGCAUGAACGGCGCACACUCGCACCUCCUCCACCAAACGGGCGAAUUCCAAUUCCGUCCCAGCCCCUGGCAAAACAGACACACCCCCCACCCCGUCCUGAGCGCCAUGGCCUUCAUCAACGAGUUCCCCUCCUCGAUGCUCGCCAUCCCGCUCGCCACCGCAACCAGCACGCUCAAAACGGCGCGUGAAACCGUCCAUGCCAUCCAGCGCCAGAUGCGCGCCAACCCGUACCGGCUCCCGGCGUGGAUCUACUGCGCGCUGUGGUUCUGGCUCGGGCUCGCCAUCACGGCGCGGUUGGGCAUGCUGUACUAUUUCGCAGAGAGGUUGAGGCUGGCCAGGAACCUGGAGGAUAUCAUCAUCUUCCGGAAUGCCUUCUUGGAUGGGAUUGCGAAUGCGUGCGCUGUUCUGGUGCAGUUUAGCUUGUUCAUGUUUCCGCCUUUGUUGGCGUAG